CAGUCAGAUGACACAGCCACUCACAGCUGCGGGGGCCAGCAGUCUGGGAUCAAUCCAGGAAGGCUUCCUGGAGGUGGUGACCCCUGGGCUGGAUUGACAUCCCAGGCUUUCUUGAGUUGAGUUCUUUCCUGUUGGGCGUCGGUUGCGAUGUGGGAACGAGGAAGGGUCUGCUCCUUCGAAGGAUGCCUGAGUGAGGGGCCAGGCUGGGGAUGGGCCGUGAGCGUGCAUUGUAACACAUACCUCUGUACCACCAGGAGACUGGCUCUGUGUCCAGGCUCCUACCACGUGGUCCAGUGCGCCCAAGCAGGGGCCGGACAAACACUUCUCAGCCCCCAGGGGCUCACAGCCUCUUUCCCCUCCCCAGGAAGCUAUGCCCCAGACGGCCGUGGUCUUCUCCAGCGUCCUUGGGCCCAGCUGUAGCGGACAGAUGCAGCCCAGCAUGGGCGAGCGGGGAAGUGGGGCUGGCGGCGGCCCGGGAGGGCUCAUCUUCCAAGACGGACGCCUCAUCUCGGGGUCCCUGGAGGCCCUGAUGGAGCACCUGGUCCCCACGGUGGACUACUACCCCGAUAGGACAUACAUCUUCACGUUCCUGCUGAGCUCCAGGGUCUUCGUGCCUCCUCAUGACCUGCUGGCCCGCGUGGGGCAGAUCUGCCUGGAGCAGAGGCAGCGGCUGGAGGCGGGGCCCGAGAAGGCCAAGCUCAAGUCCUUCUCGGCCAAGGUCGUGCAGCUGCUGAAGGAGUGGACGGAGGCAUUCCCUUACGACUUCCAGGACGAGAAGGCCAUGGCAGAGCUGAAGGCCAUCACACACCGUGUCACCCAGUGUGACGAGGAGAACGGCACCGUGAAGAAGGCCAUCGCCCAAAUGACACAGAGCCUGCUGCUGUCCCUGGCCACCCGGAACCAGCUCCAGGAGCUGCGGGAGAAGCUCCGGCAGCCAGCCAUGGACAAAGGGCCCGUCCUCAAGGCCAAGCCACCAGCCGCCCAGAAGGACAUCCUGGGCGUGUGCUGCGACCCCCUGGUGCUGGCCCAGCAGCUGACCCACAUCGAACUGGAGAGGGUCAGUAGCAUUCACCCCGAGGACCUGAUACAGAUCAUCAGCCACACGGACUCCCGGGACAACCACAGGUGCCGAGGGGACCUGACCAAGACCUUCAGCCUGGAGGCCUAUGACAACUGGUUCAACUGCCUGAGCAUGCUGGUGGCCACUGAAGUGUGCCGGGUGGUGAAAAAGAAGCACCGCACCCGCAUGCUGGAGUUCUUCAUCGACGUGGCCCGCGAGUGCUUCAACAUCGGCAACUUCAACUCCAUGAUGGCCAUCAUCUCCGGCAUGAACCUCAGCCCCGUGGCACGGCUGAAGAAGACGUGGUCCAAGGUCAAGACGGCCAAGUUCGACGUCUUGGAGCACCACAUGGACCCCUCCAGCAACUUCUGCAAUUACCGCACCGCCCUGCAGGGGGCCACGCAGCGGUCCCAGACGGCCAACAGCAGCCGCGAGAAGAUUGUCAUCCCUGUGUUCAACCUCUUCGUCAAGGACAUCUACUUCCUGCACAAGAUCCACACCAACCACCUGCCCAACGGCCACGUGAACUUCAAGAAAUUUUGGGAGAUCUCCAGACAGAUCCACGAGUUCAUGACGUGGACGCAGGUAGAGUGUCCCUUCGAGAAGGACAAGAAGAUUCAGAGUUACCUGCUCACGGCGCCCAUCUACAAUGAGGAAGGUCUCUUCAUCGCCUCGUUUGAAAGUGAAGGCCCUGAGAACCACAUGGAAAAGGACAGCUGGAAGACCCUCAGGACGACUCUGCUCAACCGGGCCUGAGGUGCUGCAGGCACAGGACGACGCACUGGCGCGCAGCGAGCUUCCGUCCGGAUUGCUGGGCUGUUCAGAUGAGGCGGCCUCACUGGCUGGGGUCCAUUUUGUAUAUAACUUUUAUGGAAAAAAUGGUAAUUAUUUCAUGCAUCAACCUUUGGCACUUAACAAAGUUUUUUUGGUUUAUUUUAAAUAACAGGGCAGGGCCCUGCUUAUGGGGAGGGGCGGGGAAAGAGUCUCAUGGGAGAUGGCGUUCAUGAUCCCAUCUUAUUCUAAUGAGAUGUAGAUUUUUAUUUUCUACUUUUGAUUAUUCACACCUUAUGAAAAAAAAUUAAAAAAAAAAAAAAACAACCCAACCAAAACCAACGUGAGCCCGGCCUGCCCGGAUGAGUUUGCCGCCAGCGUCCCUGACGUCGGGUUAGUGCCUUAGAGGCCGCGGGGGCUCAGCGAGGGGCUGGGUGGGUGGCUGGGGGGCUCACGCGCUUCCUUCCGGAGUGUGUGCUUCCCAGAGUUUACAUGUCUGUUUUCUUUGAUCAGGGAUUUCUGGGUUCAGGGGCGGGGUGGGGGGGCGUCUGGUUGGUGGUUUCUCAGCCACGUUUUAGAGAGGAGGAAAAGCUGAGACUGUUGAGAGGGGGCGCCGUGGAGCUGUUUUCCCAGCCUUGCCUCUGAGAGCCGGGCUGAGCUGGGAGGAGAGCGCUACACGGCAGCCUUGGGGACGGUGACAGCUCGGGCUGCGCUGGCUGGUGUCCAGGUUCAAGGGAAAGAGAAGCAAACGCAGGUCCUAGUGGACUGCCCUCCCCCGUCCUGCCCCCGACUGGAAUGCGAAACGCGGAGACCCAGCCAGGCCGGCACCCGUUCCCAUCCAACUGCACAACACCUGGAGGUGUGCACUCCGCUUUUCCGUGGCCGACUUCCUGGCGUGAAUCUCCCUGAUCGUGGGCCGGGACACAAGCCGAGCCGGUCCCUCCUGGCUGAUUCCGUCUCUUGCAAGAGCUCAUCGUCCUUGGCUGUCUCCGAAUGCCUGGCUCGGGCAGCAGCCUUGACAGGGAGGGGAAGCCUGGGCCGGGACCAGCCAGGUUCUGAUUUCCACAUUUCCCGAGGCGGGGGGUGGGGGGGGGCUGGAGAGGAACAGGCCAGGCCUCGGGCGCCCGCUGCCCGGAACCAAUGCUUGCACUGACUGUCCCUGUGUUUGCACUUUGAGACGGGCUCCCCGGUGCGGGCCGCUCUGUUGAUGUCUGAGAGAGAGGCUUGCACCUUGAGAAUCUGUAGUUGGGAUCCUGUGAUGGAACGUGUUCUGUACGUGUGUGCCGGAGCCGUCCCCCCAGUGUGCACUUCACGGCUCACCACUUUUAGUCCUUACUUGAAACCCUGUCCGCGUCUGCCACUUGAUGAUUUGCCCCAUUGGACACAUACCCCCAAUUUGCUGUCUCGUUUUUGACAUGAACUCUUGAACAUAAAGCUGUACCGUAAUGCAGGAUGUCAGUUCUCGGUGUGGCUGGACAUACUUGCAUCAAUAAAAGAACAGUCGCUCCCCUC